AUGGCCCUAACACAGCCUGUAUACAAUGCCUCCACCCCUCGGGGCGGCGACCCGACCAAAGUCGAUGUGAACGUCCAAUAUCAGGGAUUCGAGUGGAAUUACGUCUACAUUGUAUUUUGCGGCUUCAUUGUCUGGUUGAUCAUUCCAGGAAUUGGACUAUUAUACAGCGGUCUCGCGCGCAGAAAGUCGGCGUUGACACUGCUGUUCCAGUCACUCAUGAUUGUCGCAGUGACUACCUUCCAGUGGAUAUUUUGGGGAUAUUCACUGGCCUAUUCCCGUGAUGCAGGCCCUUUCAUUGGAACAUUGACCAACUUCGGAUUGAAAGGUGUGAUGGCUGCCCCGUCGCCAGGAUCAGCCGUCCUGCCUGAGAUUGUGUUCGUUCUAUAUCAGCUUCUUUUCUGUGCCUGCACCGUGAUGAUUGUUGUGGGAGGAGCCUUUGAGCGAGGCAAUAUGAUACCUUCGUUGAUUUUCAGCUUUUGCUGGGCCACCGUUGUUUAUUGUCCGGUUGCCUGUUGGACCUGGAACAGUAACGGUUGGCUGUAUAAUCUGCCAUCCUUGGAUUUUGCGGGCGGCGGGCCGGUCCAUAUUGCGUCGGGCUGGUCGGCGCUUGCUUAUGCCUUGGUUCUAGGGAAGCGCAAGCAUCUCGAUGAGCCUUCACAUGCGAAGCCUCACAAUACCACUCUUGUCUUCCUUGGUACGACACUGAUCUGGUUUGGGUGGUUUGGUUUUAAUGGUGGUUCCGCCCUCAAUGCUAGCGUCAGGGCCAUGCUCGCAGCCUUCAAUACCAACACAGCUGCAUGCACCGGCAUCCUGGGAUGGGUACUGGUAGACUGGAUUAAGACCCGGGGAAAAUUUUCCGUUGUGGGAGCGUGCCAGGGAGCCAUCGCAGGGCUCGUGGGAAUUACACCGGCAGCCGGAUUUGUCUCUGUAUGGCUGGCUGCGGUUAUUGGGUUCAUUACAAGCAUUGUGUGUGCGUUACUUCAAGACAUCAAUAACUGGAUGCACAUUGAUGAGGGGAUGGACGUGUUUAAGCUACAUGGAAUCGGUGGAAUGGUUGGGGCUUUCCUGACAGGUAUUUUUGCAUCGAGCUCGGUUGCUGCAUUGGACGGCGUGACCGAGGCCAGUGGUGGUAUCGAUGGCAACGGGAUGCAGGUCGGGAAACAAUUGGCGGAGGUUUGCGCCAUCAGCGUUUAUUCGUUCACCAUAUCAUGCAUCCUGCUCUACAUCCUGCAAUGGAUCCCGGGCAUGCAGCUCCGAGUUCAUGAAGAGGCGGAAAUGAUUGGAUUAGAUCGGGCACAAUUUGUGGACGAACAGAUUGGCGAGCGCGUUAUUUUAGCCGAUCUCUUUGCGUCAUCGUCACCAGGUACUACCAGUGUGGUGAACGAGGCACCUGCAAAAGUGAUCGGACCCAAGGAUUUCUAG